UUCUUUUCUUCUCAGCUUCAGGGCCUGUUACUUCUGCAUGAAGGUGAAAGUCAGAAAGAAGCAUGGAGAGCCAACAGCUGUUAGCACAGAUGUACAACGCACACACUCAGAAUGUUACUGGCAUUGUGUUCUCCAAGUUAUUCCUUGUGGCUGUACCCAUUAUCCAGAUUGCAAUAAGUGUGGUAUAUCUGCACGACUGUCCCCAGCAGACCUACAUCCCACUUUAUAUGAUUGUGUCUGGGGUGUUUGGUCUGCUGCUGGGCAUACUGUCCUGCCUUUCUUGUCCUAAGCCAAAUCACAAUGGAGGGCUUUAUGUUCUCACCUAUUUGUGUUCAGUGUGGAACUCAUUGGUCACCCUUUUCCUCUUCUGCUGGUUAAUUGCAGGCAGUGUGUGGAUCUAUUCCAUCUAUCCUGCCAACUACAACAAGACCAGAACUGGACAGCCCUACUGCAACAAGACCCUCUAUCUGUCUGCCUUCUGGACCACCACACUGGUGUAUAUUCUGUUAGCAGGACUGAUGGUGGGAGUGUUUUGUGUGGUACUCUGUAUGUGCUGUUCUAAGCAGGAAAACACACAGAGAGAACAAGCUUAGAAACUAGAAACUGGAUCUGUACCUGUUACAGUGAUGUUAGCUCUUGUAACUAUUAGUGGAGUCUUUGCAUAUGGUAUGUGGUGCCAUGUGAUCCAAAGAAUAAAACAAUGAAGAUAUUUUAGUAUACACUGCAAAAAAUAGUUUUCUUUUAAAAUGAUCUGAAAUUGAGUAGAAAU